UGUCUCUCACUUUUCGCCUGAAUCCCACUCGAGCACCAUCACAUCAUUGCUCGCAACCGAUAACUACCUUACCUAUAUACUACACAGCACUAGUAGGCGACGACAAGCGACGACGGCGGUGACGGCCACAACCAGAAGAACCGCAAGCACAGGCAAUGACCUAAUCAGCGCCAUCCGCCUAAGAGACGUGCGUGGAAUGGCAACGGACCGCUAAACCGCCGUCCCUUUGUUGCAGGUGCCGCGCGGGUUGCUGCUUUGCAGCCGGUGACAAUGCCUCGAACCGACGACAAUUCUCGCUUUAGCUCCAUGACGGGCUCGAGCACCGACAGCGGGAAGUCCAGCAUCACGGUAAAACCGCUGCCCUUGACGCCCACGACCCCAUCGCUCCCAAACUUUGGUGCUGCAGGGAACAAUGCCUCCCGGUUCGCCCCGCCUACAUCGCGACGAGCGGCUCCGUCGCGCCUCAAGACGGACGAGAGCGGCAAUCUCAUACGCUCCGUCAAGGAAUCAGAUGGUCAGGUUUCGCCCACGUCGAACGGUGCGCGACUCGCGCUAUCCCCCUCCUCGGUGAAUUCCAAUACGUCGAUGCGCGAUCAUUCCAUGAGCGACCUCUUUGAUUACCGCCGCGACCUAGCGAUCCUCGACCCCGCCGGCGGCCGGUCGACUCGCAAUCAACACACAAACCCGUCCACCGGCUCUCUCGGCCAGAUCGCGCCCUGGAUGACGGGCAACGGCAGCGCCGCCUCGCCGGCGGCCCCUCCCGAUCCCGCACCCACCACAUUCUACAACGACUCGACCGAUAAUCUAUCCCUCGACUCCCGACUGUCCCCCGGUGUCCGUACCUCUAUUAGCCGCGCGACCCCUGCUGGCAGCACCGACUCCCCAGACGCUGCAUACUUUACCGACGAGAGGCGCCCGUCCGUCGCGAGCAUCACCACAACGGCAAGCAGUCAAGGCUCGCGGGCCAGCGGCGCAAGAGGAGGAAUACGAAAACUGCAGGGCUUUUUUGGGGAGGAAUUUCCGGGGAGAGAUUCAUCCGAAACCAGCCUCGGCCAGGGCGGCAAGGAGCAUCGAUCGCAUUCAUACAGCUACAGCCGACCGCAUAGGGAUCGCAACUAUUCCAACGCCACUGACCAUGGCAGAGACGGUUCCCCGGCUUCGAGGCCCCGAACCCCGGUGCCGGCGCCGGAAGUAGUCCCGUUUUUGUACCAGGAAGCCGAUGACAUUGCCCGAUACGGUGAAGCCCCAGUCCGAGACAUCCUCAGCGGCCCGGAUCGUGGCCGCUACAUGGCCGACGCCGCCGCGCAGAAUCCACCAAAAACAUCCGGCUCCGGCCGGUCCGGCCAUUCAAUCGUGCACCUGCCAGGCCAUCACAGACACAACAAGAGCAACGAAGACCCAAGGUCGCUACGCCCGUCGAUCAGCAGGGAGGAUCCUUCCGCGCCCGCGGCCAAGGAACGCAGCGGGUCAAACGGAAUGUACGGCACGAGGUCGCGCGCUCAGAGCCCAGCUCCAAGCGCGAACAGUGGCUCCUGGGGUUCCAAGACCGUUCUUGGUGACGGGCAGACGUCUCCGGGCCACCACCAUAAACGCCGGUUCCUCGGUCGCUUGCGAGGGAGAAGGGAGAAGGACGAACCGACUGAUCUGAGGAAGCUUCCGGUGUCUUCCCAAUCCCUCCAGCCGCGACCAAGCAAGCACGAGUUCCCGUUCGGUGAAGGGCAACCGACCCCAGGAUCCGAAUGGUCAGCCUCGCCAGACCCCCGCGAGUACGGAGGAUCGCGCCCCGGUUACGCACGUGGCGCGACCUUCAACAACAAAUUUCCUUUCUCUUCCAAGAAGAGCCGUACCGUCAGGCAGCACGAUGACAUUGACGAGAAUAUCGGGCCUACCGACAGGCAGGGUGGCGGAGGAACCAUGUUCCACCUCGACACGAAUCUCAGCGAUAUGGAGGGGAUCCUGAGCAGGCCCUUGCCCUUGACGCCGAUGGACCCCGACUUUCUGAACGAUAUCGACUUCGACAAGUUACCCAUCCAACCCACAGACCCAAGCGGCGCUUGGAAUGCUCCCGACAGCUGGGCGGUCCGCCGUGGGGACGAUGUCUCAGCCCAGGUUCCAGAGGCCGACGAUAUAGGGAGUCCGCCGAGGCCAGAGGAAAAGAUGACCAAUUACUGCAUCCGCGUGUUCAGGGCGGACGGCACCUUCGCGACGCUGCAGAUGGCGCUUGACGCGACGGUGUCGGACCUCAUCUCGCAGAUCGUCAAGAAGUCAUAUGUCAUCGACGGCAUGGAGGGCUACAACAUCGUCUUGAAGAAACAUGACUUGACCCGUGUCCUCAGCUCCGCCGAGCGCCCGCUCCUAAUGCAAAAGCGCCUCCUGCAGCAGGUCGGAUACGAGGAGCGUGACAGGAUAGAGGACAUCGGCCGCGAGGAUAAUAGUUACCUGUGUCGCUUCAUGUUCCUGUCCGCACGAGAGAGCGACUUCCACACCGUCACACACAACCUGGGCUUCACCCGUUCGCAAAAGUACAUCCACGUCGACAUAUCUGGCCGCAACUUGAGCGCGAUUCCUGUCAUCCUCUACUCCAAAGCUUCCGAAAUCAUUUCUCUCAACCUGUCGAGGAAUCUGUCGCUCGACGUGCCGCGGGACUUCAUCCAGGCCUGCACCAGCCUACGUGAUAUCAAGUACCUGAGCAACGAAGCCCGGAAGCUACCACCAAGCCUGGCCUGGGCCAACAAACUCACGUUUCUGGACGUCUCGAACAACCGCCUGGAGGAGCUCGAGCACGCUGACCUUGGCGGCAUCACUGGACUCCUCAAACUAAAGUUAGCAAAUAACCGUCUCAACCACCUACCACCAUACUUUGGGGCCUAUUCGGUGCUGCGGGCCCUGGACCUUUCUUCCAACUACCUAGAGAAGUUCCCAGCAUUCCUCUGUGAUUUGGAAAGCCUCGUCGAUUUGGACCUCAGCUUCAACCUCAUCAGUGACCUCCCAGACGCCUUCGGGAAGCUAAGGAGCCUGGAGAAGUUCGUCGUGACCAACAACCGGCUGACGGGCGCUUUUCCCGGGUCCUUCAGAGAUCUAAGCAACCUUCGCGAACUCGACAUCAAGUACAACACGAUCUCGAACAUCGACGUGAUUGCGCAGCUUCCGAAGCUGGAGAUCCUAACCGCCGACCACAAUUCCGUCUCCCAGUUCGUCGGUACGUUCGAGAGGCUACGCAGCCUAAAGCUCAACUCGAACCCCGUCACCAAGUUCGAAAUCAAGUCGCCGGUCCCCACCCUUAAGCUUCUGAAUCUGUCCAGCGCCCAGCUGGCGAGCAUCGACGAGUCGUUCAAUAAUAUGCCAGGCCUCGAACGCCUGGUCCUCGACAGAAACUACUUUGUCUCAUUGCCCAGCCAGAUUGGCAACCUCAGAAAGCUUGAGCACUUUAGCAUAGCGCAGAACUCGGUGGGCAAGCUGCCUCAGGAGAUCGGAUGUCUCACAGAGCUGCGCUUUCUAAACGUCCGCGGAAACAACAUUCGCAGGCUCCCGACGGAAUUGUGGUGGGCCAGCAAACUGGAGACGCUCAAUGCGUCAUCCAACAUUCUAGACAGCUUUCCGACACACGCGUCUCGCGCGCCUCAGCCUCCCGAUAACCCAAGUAGCACAAACAGCUCCCUCAGCAGCAAGGUAUCUGGAACGGCGCGGGGCCUCUCCCCCAUGCAGAGCGUUGAGGAGCUCAAUGGCGAUGUGUAUCGGCGCCCGAGCCAGGCUUCAAGUGCCACGCUCCUCAGCGUAGGACCGUCGCCCGUGCCGGGGGGCGAGCACAGGAACAACUCCUUGGUAUCGGUGUAUGGAAAAGGCGGCCGGAACACGUCUGUGGUGUCGCGUAGCACACAUAGCGGCUCUUCGACGACGCUGGUGGGCCCCGGUCUCAGGAAGGAUUCCGGAUUCGGGGCGAUCCUGACCAACACCUUCGCUGGUUCCCUCCGGACUUUGAUUCUUGCGGAUAACCAGCUGGACGACGAUAUCUUUGACCAAACCACGCUUCUUUCCGAGCUUCGCGUCCUCAACCUCUCCUACAAUGAGCUCACCGACAUGCCUCAGGGCACAAUGAAAAACUGGCCGCAGCUGACCGAGUUGUACCUUUCAUGCAGCGGGCUUGCGAGCCUGCCGGCAGAUGACCUGGAAGACUAUUCCUUGUUGCAGACAUUGCACAUCAACAACAACAAGUUCACGAACCUUCCCGCCGACAUUUCCCGGGCCAGGAGGUUAGCCGUGCUAGACUGCGGCAGCAACUCGCUCAAGUACAACAUUGCCAACGUCCCCUACGAUUGGAACUGGAACCUCAAUCCCAAGCUGCGGUAUCUCAACCUGUCCGGGAACAGACGCUUGGAGAUCAAGCAGGCCUACCCCAACGCCGUUGCGCAGAACCGCGAGCAGCUCACCGACUUCGGCCGCCUUGCCAAUCUUCGCGUCCUAGGCCUAAUCGACGUGACGCUUACCCAACCGAGCAUUCCCGACCAAAGCGAAGAUCGUCGUGUCAGAACAUCGAGCACCUUGGCGGGGUACAUGCCCUACGGCAUGGCCGAUACCCUCGGGAAAAACGAGCAUCUCUCCACCAUUGACCUCGUGGUUCCGCGCUUCAACUCGUCUGACUCGCAGACUCUCCUGGGAUUGUUUGAUGGCCAGGCACUCAGCAGUGGCGGGUCCAAGAUUGCCAAAUAUCUCCACGAGAAUUUCAAUGAUAUCUUCACCCACGAGCUGAAGAUUAUGAAACCCGACUCGGGCGAGACCGCCGAGGAUGCGCUGAGGCGCGCCUUCUUGUCGCUCAACAAAGACCUCGUCACGGCCGCGAUUCAGCACACGGAGGAAAGGCCGAUCACGACGCACCGCGGAUCACAAGCUCCUCUCGUGCUCAGCCAAGAGGACCUCAACUCGGGCGGCGUCGCCACCGUUGUUUACCUCGACGAGCAAGAGCUGUACGUCGCCAACGUCGGCGACGUCCAGGCGAUGCUUAUCCGGAACGACGGCAAGGCCAAGAUUCUGACCAAGAAGCACGACCCGGCAGAUCCCGUGGAGCGGUCGCGCAUUCGGGAUGCCGGGGGCUGGGUCUCACGCCGGGGGCGCCUGAACGACAUCCUUCCCGUCUCGCGGGCCUUUGGCUACGUGGACCUGCUGCCGACCGUGCAGGCGGCGCCGCACAUUACACGUCACACGAUCGAGGACCAAGACGAGACGAUCCUUGUGGCUACCGGGGAGGUGUGGGAAUACUUGACCCCGGAGCUCGUUGUCGAUGUUGCGCGCUCCGUGCAGAACGACAUGAUGCGAGCGGCACAAAAGAUCCGCGAUCUCGCCAUAGCCUACGGCUCCCGAGAGAAGAUCAUGGUCAUGAUGCUGAGCGUGUCGGAGCUCAAGCGGCGGCGCGAGCGUUCGCGCAUGCACAGAGGGCAGAGCAUGUCGUGGUUCAACUUCCCACAGGACGAUAGCAAUGCCGCCGCGGCCGCGGCGCGCAGGGCCAGGAAGGCCAAGGCGGCGGGCCCGCUCGAUUCGGUCUUGUCCCGUCUCGAAGCGGAAGUGCCUGCGCCGACUGGCAUGAUUGCGAUCGUGUUCACGGACAUCAAGAACUCGACGCAACUGUGGGAGACUUACUCGGAGGCCAUGAGAUCAGCCAUCAGGCUGCACAACGAGGCCCUGCGUAGGCAGCUCAGGCUUAUCGGCGGGUACGAGGUCAAGACCGAAGGUGAUGCCUUCAUGGUGUCGUUCCCGACCGCCACCUCGGCGCUCCUGUGGUGUUUCGCCGUCCAGACGCACCUUCUGACGGUCAAUUGGCCCAACGAGAUUCUCAACUCGAUCAACUGCCAGCCUACCUUUGACCGGGACAACAAGCUCAUCUUCAGGGGCCUGUCGGUGCGUAUGGGCAUCCAUUGGGGCGAGCCGCUGGCGGAAGAGGACGCGGUAACUCGCCGCAUGGAUUACUAUGGCCCAAUGGUGAACAAGGCAAGCCGCGUCACGGCGUGCGCCGACGGUGGACAGAUCACGGCGUCCUCAGACUUUCUUAAUGAAAUUCAGCGCUGCCUCGAGCAAUACGAGGAAUCGUCAGCCCCGACGGAGGACAUUCCCGAGGAGGACGUGUUUUCCCGAGCCAUCCGCAACGAGCUCCGCUCCCUCAGCAGUCAAGGGUUCCGGGUCGAAGAUAUGGGCGAGAAGAAGCUCAAGGGCCUCGAAAACCCAGAGUAUAUCUACUCGCUGUACCCGCACGCGCUCGUGGGGAGGAUGGAGCAGCACAGCCUCCACGAGCGAGCGCAGUCUACGACGGAUAGGCCCGCCGUGCUCAGCCCCGACAGCGACCUCGCUAUCAACCCGGACGAGAUCUGGGCCAUGUGGCAUGUGGCGUUGAGACUCGAGAUGCUGUGCAGCACGCUCGAGGACGUGAACAGGCGCGUAUUGCAGCCGCCUGAGACGGAGCUCAUGGAGCGGAUGAAGCAGCGCGGCGGAGAGGUAACGGAACGGUUCCUAGUGAAUUUCAUGGAACAUCAAGUGAGCCGGAUCGAGACCUGCGUGUCGACCCUCGCCGUCCGCAAGCUCAUCCUAGCCGACAGCAACCCCAACAAGCAGACCGCCGCCACACAGGUCGGCGACCUGCGCGCGCCCAUGUCCCAGGUGCUAGACACGCUGAGCCAGCAGCUUGCCCUGCUACAAAAGUACCAGGCCCGCUACGGCCCGCUCGACGACGCGGACGAGAAACCCGCGCCCACGUCCGCCGUGUCGCUGGAGGCGCCUGCAUCCGCAACACCACGACCCCCGCAGCUGCAUCCCUCCUAUCCCGACAGUCUCCAGGUGAUGAUAUCGCAGGCGACAUCCGCGACCCCCUCAGCUACUGGGUCCGGGGUGAACACGCCAGAUUCGUCGCCCGACUAAAACCGCGGUUUGUCUGUGCUUGCUCGCUAGCCACAUGGCAUGCAUGCACACAUAGGUCAUCUCCCUUUCCCUUAGUCUCUUGCAUGUCGGAUUGUCUUGUUCAUUUUGCGAUACCCCCUACCACCACCACCACCUACCACACCAUUUUCAAAACGUGGGAUUUCUUCCUAUAUAUAUCCUCACAUUCUGAACGAGCCCCUUCUGUCUCUUCACCACUCGGAAAUGGUUGUUGUUCUGGCUUCCCCGAGCUUCAAAGGGGAGAAAAGGGGGAUGGAUGGGAUGGUAUGAUUACAUAAUUCGUGUUUUGCCCCGCACGUGACUUUUGUUUGUUUUCGGGUCCUGUUGUCAGGGGUAGGGCGGCGGGCUUCAGGACAUCAGUGCACCUCAAUCAGUGCGGUUGGGGGUGCCGCGUUCUCUCGGUGUGGUGGCGGCGUUUUCAUGCUG